AUGAAUGUUGAAGAUCAUGCUCACUCUGAGCGUCCUUCAACGUCUCGAAAUGAUGAAAACGCUGAAAAAAUCAACGAGAAUCGUCGUUUUACGAUUGCCGAAACUUUAGAAAAAACAAGACUUAAAUCAAGAUUACUGUUGGAAUGCAGCAACAAAUGGAAGACUAAAGCAUAUUUGACGAAGUGCAGGCCAUGGAUGUCCGAUUUCAAUGUUCCCGAUAUGGCCGUACAUACUGGAGAAAAACCGUUCUCCUGCAAGCACUGCUCAAAGGCAUUUUCCCACGCCGCAGAUUUGAAGAGACAUCUGAGAACCCAUACUGGCGAGAAACCGUAUUCCUGUGUUCAGUGCUUAAAAGCAUUUACUGGUGCUUCCGCUUUAAAGAGACAUCUGAGAUUACAUACUGGAGAGAAACCGUAUUCCUGUGAACAUUGCUCGAAAGCAUUUUCUGAUGCUACACACUUAUCGAGUCAUCUGAGAACCCAUACUGGUGAGAAACCGUAUUCCUGUGUACAUUGCUCAAAAGCAUUUUCCCGUGCUUUCCAUUUAAAGACACAUCUGAGAGUACAUACUGGAGAGAAACCAUAUUCAUGUGCAUAUUGCUCAAAGGCAUUUUCUAAUACUUCACUCUUGUCGAUUCAUCUGAGAAUCCAUACUGGCGAGAAACCAUAUUCCUGUCUACAGUGCUCAAAAGCAUUUCCCAACGCUUCCAAUUUAAAAAAACAUUUGACAGUACAUACUGGAGAAAAACCGUUCUCCUGCAAGCACUGCUCAAAGGCAUUUUCCCACGCCGCAGAUUUGAAGAGACAUCUGAGAACCCAUACUGGCGAGAAACCGUAUUCCUGUGUUCAGUGCUUAAAAGCAUUUACUGGUGCUUCCGCUUUAAAGAGACAUCUGAGAUUACAUACUGGAGAGAAACCGUAUUCCUGUGAACAUUGCUCGAAAGCAUUUUCUGAUGCUACACACUUAUCGAGUCAUCUGAGAACCCAUACUGGUGAGAAACCGUAUUCCUGUGUACAUUGCUCAAAAGCAUUUUCCCGUGCUUUCCAUUUAAAGACACAUCUGAGAGUACAUACUGGAGAGAAACCAUAUUCAUGUGCAUAUUGCUCAAAGGCAUUUUCUAAUACUUCACUCUUGUCGAUUCAUCUGAGAAUCCAUACUGGCGAGAAACCAUAUUCCUGUCUACAGUGCUCAAAAGCAUUUCCCAACGCUUCCAAUUUAAAAAAACAUUUGACAGUACAUACUGGAGAAAAACCGUUCUCCUGCAAGCACUGCUUUUCCCACGCCGCAGAUUUGAAGAGACAUCUGAGAACCCAUACUGCAUUUUCUGAUGCUACACACUUAUCGAGUCAUCUGAGAACCCAUACUGGUGAGAAACCGUAUUCCUGUGUACAUUGCUCAAAAGCAUUUUCCCGUGCUUUCCAUUUAAAGACACAUCUGAGAGUACAUACUGGAGAGAAACCAUAUUCAUGUGCAUAUUGCUCAAAGGCAUUUUCUAAUACUUCACUCUUGUCGAUUCAUCUGAGAAUCCAUACUGGCGAGAAACCAUAUUCCUGUCUACAGUGCUCAAAAGCAUUUUCCCACGCCGCAGAUUUGAAGAGACAUCUGAGAACCCAUACUGGCGAGAAACCGUAUUCCUGUGUUCAGUGCUUAAAAGCAUUUACUGGUGCUUCCGCUUUAAAGAGACAUCUGAGAUUACAUACUGGAGAGAAACCGUAUUCCUGUGAACAUUGCUCGAAAGCAUUUUCUGAUGCUACACACUUAUCGAGUCAUCUGAGAACCCAUACUGGUGAGAAACCGUAUUCCUGUGUACAUUGCUCAAAAGCAUUUUCCCGUGCUUCCGAUUUAAAGAAACAUCUGAGAGUACAUACUGGAGAGAAACCGUAUUCCUGUGUACAGUGCUCAAAAGCAUUUUCCCGUGCUUACGAUUUAAAGAAACAUGUGAGAGUACAUACUAGACAGAAACCGUAUUCCUGUGAACAUUGCUGUAAGGCAUUUUCUGAUGCUUCACACUUAUCGAAACAUCUGAGGGUACAUACUGGAGAGAAACCGUAUUCCUGUGAACAUUUCUCAAAGACAUUUUCUGACAAUUCACUUUUAAUGAAACAUCUGAGAACCCAUACUGGUGAGAAA